AAAUCUUCAGUUUUUUGGUCAUUAUAAUCAAAAUCUUCAUAAUCUCUCCUUCCCUUGUCUGUUUUUCCUCUGUAUCCCUACAGGAUCUCCUGCACGAUGUCAAAAUCUGAUUCUACUUUCCAGAAGAAGAAGAAAAAGCAGGUAAGACUUCUUCCAAAGAGGGGCCAAGUGAAAGCAAAAAUGUUUGAGAUACUGUGCAAGACUGUCUUCUCCGCUUUCUCAAAGUCAGAAGAAUCCCACAAGAGAAGUGGGGGAGAAGGUGGUGGAGAUGGCAGAAGCUCCACCUCUGUGACAUCAACUCCGAGUGGCUACAGCACUGAUGCAAAUGGUGGCAACUCUUAAAAGAUAGUCGCGUUAGUAUUUGGUAUGUCCAUCAAGUUGUCACUUUUGGGUCUCAAUUCUCUGAAUUGAGUUUCCUCCUAUACCUUGGAAAAGUUGGUAUUUAUCUGUAAUCCAAAGAAUCUACAAAACCCUCCAAAAAAGAAACUGGUAUAAAACAAAUUAAGCUGUGAAAUCCAUCAUUUUAGAUUCAGAUUCACAGCUUCUGUUUUAGUUUUCUACCUGUAGAAAGUUAAAGAUGUGAUUUGCUUAACCCAUGUUUUUGUUGGUUAAGCAGGAAUGUCCUAUCUUAACCCAUGUGGAUUUAUCUUGUUAAAGCCUAUAGUAUCAAGUAGUAAAGACCUCUUCAAUUGUUGUUUUCUGAAAGUUUCAGGGAGAAGAUGGUGUUUGGGAGAGGUUGCUGUCUUAUCAAUAUAAUGAAUAAGAAUUUCAUUU